AUGGCACCUAAAUACAAGACGAAAAAGCAAAAAGAUUUUGAUAAGAGAAGACUGAAAGUUGGAAAGACCGUGACUAAGUCCUCAAAUUUGACAAACACUGCAUUCCAGUCUAAAAGUAUUCGUGUCAAAUCACAGCUAUUGUCGGGCCAGAAUGAUGACCCAGAAUAUGUCAAACUUCUAUCGCUCUUAAAGCAUCAUUCAUCGUCAUCGAGACAUGAAGUUCUUGUCCAGAUUGAAAGGGAAAUUGAAAGGCAUGAUUUCCGUGAUAAUUUCCCUUUUGAUCAGCUUGUCAGCAAACUCAAACCUUUAAUUCUAGACGAGUCCAAAUUCGUAAGAGAACGUUGCAUGAUUAUCCUCAAAAAGUUGGCCAGCACAAAAACAGAACUCUUGGUAUUGCAUCAAUCAUCUAUUGUACUGUUUGUACUUUCAGGUAUGAGCCACAUCAGUCAAUCGAUAAGAAACGAUAGCGUCAAGUUUCUAGAUAUAUUGAUCGAUUUCGAGCACAUUUUUCUGACAAAUGUAGUGGUACGAGACCAUUGGGGUAAGAUAUUGCGAAAUUUUAUCCAUUUGAUAGGAUGGAGGAGUGGCGAACCACAACAUUUGACUUCACAGUCUACGAGUUUUAGAGUUACGACUAAUACUGCAACCUUAAAUUCUAUAAAGAGUACAACGACCAAAAGUCGUCAAAGGUUGUUUCAAGUUAAGCUUUUGAACAAAUUUUUAGAGCUUGGUGCAAUGAGUGCAGACAGGUAUGAAACUAACGCAGAUAAUACUCUCAUUAGCCAAAAAUCACAGAUUCAUUCGACAACUUCUGCUUACAUGAUUCCCCGUGGCGCAGACCCUUACGGUAAUUUGAAGUUGAUGAGAUUUUUCAAUCCACCAACAUGCAUGGAAGUGACGUUGGCGAAGUCCAAAGAAUGCCUUCAAAAACAUUCUGCACGAAAGACAACAAACAUUAAUCUAGAGGAUUACUCCUCUCAUGAUUUGAUUAAUCGUCGCAAAUUGCUGAUGGAACUAUAUUAUGAGGGAAUCCUUGAGGGCGUGACUGAAAUCAUGAAUGAUGACGAUAGCGAUUCUGAUUUGAAAUCAGCUGCCUCAUCACUUGAGAGACUUUUGAAAGAAAUUGCAUUUCAACACAAUGAAGACGUGUAUAAUUGA